CCAACCAGCGCCAGAGAUGACAGUGCUCACUUCCGCCAUCGCAAACACCUUCCUUCCUUCGAUCCUCGCAAAUCUGCCGCAUGAAUGGCGAGGCACGACCUUUAAGAACUCGGCCCUCUUGGGUCGUGAAGUGUUUUCGGCCGGCAUCGAAAAGCUCCUCCUCGAAAAGCACGCCAAACGCGACACGAUCGUCACGGAAGGCGAAUUGACGGCGCUGGGCAACGCGGAAGACUACCUUCGUGUUUCAACAAACAUUUCCGUGCUGCUGGAACUUUUCCUAGGCCUUGAAGUGUCGAUUCCUACCCGCCAGGUCUUUACCUUUGGUUCCACUACGAUGCCCAUCAUCGCUGUCCUCCUCACAGCAAAGGCGCCCGUGUUCUUGUACGUGGAUGAAGGAGUCGCGUCUCCAUUCAACUCGGAACAAUUGACUGCCCUUUCUCUCCUUGGCGCUAACGUCACGAUUGUGUCGGGCCACCCCAUCGCGGAUGCCUCCGCCGUCGUGGUAGCGUACCAAGUGUCCCCGAAGAAGGUGUCAUCCGCUGUCGACGCAAUUGUAACUCCUGAAUCCGUUCUUUACAUCCACAACGUCGCCAAAGUAAACCCAGAUGACAUUUUGGUCAUUCGCAAGCGACUGUCCACACCGCUCACCACCCCCGUGUGCGAAAAGCACCUCCAAACCAUUGCUGGUGUCAAAGUCACGGCCGACGGCGAUGCUUCCACCCCUGAAGCCCUUUCCGAAUUCUUCGCGCACUUGCAGACUAUGUCUGGGACGUCUGCGGACCCCCACUCGAACCCUGUCGUGUUCACGGCCGGUUUACCCGCGGUGUGCUCGAUGUGGCUGAGCCUCCUGCACGGCGGUGGUGCCGACAUUCUCAUGGCGAGCACUGCGUACGGCGGGUCGUCUCAACUGACUGAUAUUUACGUCAACAAGUCGGCGGGCAAGUUCCACAAGUGGACAUUCGACAUCACAGGAAAGAAUGAAAUCUCCGACUCGAUCAAACGCGCUCUAGACGGUCUCCAAACGACCGCGACGGCCCCGACCACCGUUCUCUUUGUCGAAAUUCCCACCAACCCCGACAUGAAAGUGCCCGACAUGGCGACUCUCGCCCAGCACCUGACGUCGUACCGCAAUGCCACGGGUAAAGAAGUGCUCUUGCUCGUGGACACGACCUUCGCCCCUGCAUCCAAGGUCAUGCAAAAGAUGUCUGCCGUCGCCCCCGACCUCACGACCAUGGUCUUCAUCAGCAUGAGCAAGAGUGUAUCCCGGGGCCACACGACGGCCGGCACGAUCAUCGCCAACUCGUCGUCUGCAAAAUCCCGCCAGCUCCUCGAAACGGUACGAUGGGCUGGCCAGCUUUUGGACACGACUGCCAAGACCGAUCAGCUGUGGCGCCUCACGGAAAACCACACUGGCGUCGAAGACCGUUGCCAAAAGGCGUACGAAGUGGCCGUGACGACGGGGAAGGCUCUGCAAGCUGCCGUCGCGAAGUACGCCAACGGAUAUGCGAUGGAACUGGCGUUUGUGUCGCCCGAACAUGCCGCCCAAGGCUUCACGACGUCGACCUACUCGUUCAACUUGCCUCCGCUUCCCAACGCGGACGCCGAGACCAACUACGCGAUUGCCCAGCGAUUCGUGGACCUGUUGACAAAGCACAAGUCGUUCAAGCCGUGCGUAUCGUUUGGGCAAGACAAUGGCAAGGUGUACUGCACGGUCCCGUCCACAUCGACCCAAGGCGCGAUCAAAGCAGAAGACAAAGCGAAGCAGCUUGUCGGUGGCGUUGAACUCACCCGGUUGAGCUUCCCCCCGUAUUGCGACGUCGCUGAGAUCGUGUCAGUUCUCCAAGACGCCGUCAAGUCUAUCUAUGCCUCAUAAACCCUGGCAAUAAAAGGCUAUCAUUGUGCGUGCUCCA